AUGAGUGUUGCUAUGUUUGCCAUUUUAGAUGUUGCUGGAAUUGUUGUGUCGUGUGGAGAUAUGGAAGUCUUUCCGAAUGAAAGAAAAAGGAUGAACUUUGAUCUUCAAGAUGUGCAGGGAGAAGUAGUUCGUUGUACUUUGUGGAAUGGAUAUGCACAACAAUUUAAUGAUUUCUUGACGCAAAACAAUCCGAUUGAGAAUGUCAUGGCUGUCAUUCAGCAUGUGAAGAUUAAGCUGUGGCAGGGACAAUAUACCGUUCAGAAUGAUAAGUUUGGAACUCGACUGUUUCUCAACGAAGAAAUUCAUGAGGUUAAUGAACUUCGUAGGAGGCUUUUAGUGAAACACUUUGAAGCUGGUGCUUCUUCUUCUCAAACCAUUCUUUCAUCUCAGAGUGUAAUGUCAUGUGUGGUAGUUGCAACGAUCAAAAUUGUUCAAGAAAACUAUGGGUGGUUUUAUCCGGCAUGUCAAAACUGUAACAAGAAGGUGUUGACUAAAACUGAAUACUUACAAUAUGCUAAAAUCAUUUCUGAUGAGGUCAUGAAUCUGUCUCCUACUUCAUUGGUUUGUCCGAAAUGCGAUAAAGAAUGUACAUCGAUAACCAUUAAGUUCAAGGUACAUUUGAGAGUCCAAGAUGAAACCGGUAGUAUCUCUUUCGUGAUGUUUGAUAAAGAUGUAACGAAGCUCAUUGGUUCAACUGCGAGUGAUAUAAGGGAACGCCAAGUGAAGGCCAAUGAUACUGAGAGUUUUCCACAUGAAAUAUCUCGGUUGGUUGAAAAAAAGUUGGCUUUUAAAAUUGAAGUUUCUGAUUACAACCUUAACCAUGACUAUCAUGUUUACACUAUCCAAAAAUUAUGUGAUGAUCCGGACAUACUUGCUGAGUUGGUUGCUGGUAAUGGUAAUGGUCUUGAGGUUGUUGAUGAGGUGUUUAGUCAAGAAGGUUCAGAAAUCAAAGUUGAGAGAUUAUCCGAGUCCUCACAGAUGGCUGGUGCUGCUAUUUCAAAGGAUGUUGUAUCUGUUACCGCCGACUCUUCUAUUGUCGAAGCCGAGAAGGAUUCGGGCACCAGUCCGAAUGGUAAACGUUCGUUGCAGGAUGUGGAAGGUCAAAAUAUUGGGGAACUGUCUUCUAGCAGCAAAAAUAAUCGGAAGAGGUCAUCUAGGGUUAAAACCUAG